GUAUGAGAUAACUGUGCUCCCAAACAUUGUUUUUAUGGUCCAGUUACUCCCUAGUAACCAAUCAGCUCCUUUUCAGCAUGUUAAAGCUGUGAACAUUCUACAUGUUUAGCUGGGCUGCCUGUUCUGUCAAGAAAUGUUGAGUGGGAAUUCAUUAGGGGUCAUUGACAUAUCUUGUUGGCCCUGAUCUAACAAGCACUUGCACUCUGGCCUUACCCCAAAUUGAAAAACCCACACAAGGAGCAGAGUUCAGUGACAGGAGUAUCUGGAAAGCAUUGUCCUUACUCCCUGUCCAUAGGGCGCCUUAAUGAUGUGCAAAUUAGGCACAGGACAGAGAUUGCUGCUUGUCCCUCUUGGGUAGAACACUGCCUAACUCAGGUUGUCAGCUGUGAGGGUUCCAGUAAGUGGUGCUCAUGCCCAUAAAGAAGACAUGUUCGUGUAGUGUGUAGGCGUAUACUGCACAUAUUUAGGCGUGCUGCUGCAUGCCAACCCUUGGCAGAUGUUUACUUGGCUUUCUGUGCUUUAGCUCAGCACGUCUCUGUCAUCAUAUGACUCCCUCCCAUGUUGAUUUGGCCAGCCUGUUCUCUUGAGGUUUGGAGAGAUGGCCACUUGUUUUAGGACUAACCAACUAAAGGAGACCUUGCAGAUAAAUCCAGACCACCCAUGGAGUAGAGAUUAUGAAAGCCCUUGUGGUUAUCCGGUUAUCUCUGGCAGUGACAGCUACAUUGUGCGUGUGAAGGCGGUGGUUAUGAGCAGGGAUGACUCGAGUGGGGGGUGGCUACCGCAUGAAGGAGGUGGACUAAGCCGCGUUGGCGUCUCCAAGGUGUAUCCAGAGGACAGUGGAAGGAGCAAUUUUCUCAUCCAUGGGGAAAGACUCAAUGACAAACUGGUCUUAUUGGAAUGUUAUUUGAAGAAGGACUUGGUCUACUGGAAAGCAACUCCAACAUUUCAUCACUGGUUAGUUGACAACAGGAGGUUUGGCCUCACCUUUCAGAGCCCUGCUGAUGCAAGAGCCUUCGACAGAGGAGUCCGCAAAGCCAUUGAAGACCUCACAGAAGGAUCUACUACUUCUUCUUCCACAAUCCAUAAUGAGGCAGAGCUUGGGGAUGAUGACGUGUUUGCUACCAGCACUGACAGCUCUUCGAACUCAUCACAGAAGCGAGAGCCACCGGUGAGGACCAUGGCGUCUCCUUUGCCCGGCGUUCAUUGCCGAUAUAGCACUCUGAGCAACAUCGAUCUUCCUGGUUUUGAACAUUAUCCUACAGAACAAUCAUUGCCUCGGCCUCAUCGACACGUCAGCUUCCCGGAUGAUGACGAUGAGAUCGUACGUAUCAAUCCAAGGGAAAGGAACUGGCUCACGGGCUACGAAGACUAUCGCCAGGCACCUAUUCAUCGCAAAUACCCAGACGCCGAGAGCAUUGACUCUUACGUUCGGUUUGCUAAAAGCGAAUCUACCAAACAUGAUUACAACUACCCGUAUGUAGAUCACACAAACUUUGGCAUAUCCAAAGACCUGAAGACCUCUGUUAUAAAUACCCAGCCUUCGAGGUGCUCGUCCAGGAGGAAAGAUGGAGAGAGGUCCAGAUGUAUCUACUGCAGGGACAUGUUUAACCAUGACGAAAACCGCCGGGGACAGUGCCAGGACGCCCCAGAUUCUGUGCGCAACUGCAUCCGCCGCGUUAGCUGCAUGGGAUUUGCAGACUGUGUGCUCUAUCACUGCAUGUCUGACUCAGAAGGGGAUUACACAGACGCUUGUUCUUGUGACACCAGCGAUGAAAAAUUUUGCCUUCGGUGGAUGCUCCUUAUCCCCUUGUCCAUCAUCGCACCGGGCAUGUGCUGUUACCUCCCUCUGCGGGCUUGCUAUAACUGUGGUGUCAUGUGCGGCUGCUGCGGAGGGAAACACAAAGCAGCUGGAUGAUCACGUGGAAUCCCAAGGACUUUUUAAUCAUAUGCAUCUUUCAUGAUCUAUUGGGAAGCGCCUUGACGUGGAACACUCGGUUCCAACCUUUGGGUGCAGCUUGCCCCAACUUGAAAAGCAGUUUUAUGAAGCCACAGUGAGUUUAGCUAAGGUGUCUAACAAACUCAGAAAAAUGAAAUGCUAAACCGGUAAGGAGGAGAAGGCAUUUGAGCAGCUUUAGUUCUCACCAUUGAGAAUUCAGGUGUAUAGAAUGAACGCAGAGAAUCUAAAUCUGUCAAGCCUCAACUUGCCUGAAGUAUAUCACCUGUAAAUAGCUUUGGCACUUCCAGAAAUGUGGUAUGUCAACAACACUUCUGCUAACGGGGGCUCAGAUAUGGUAUAGAUGGAAAUAAAUCCCCCUUAUAAGUAUUUUAACCUGCAUCCAGGUAUUCUGUUCUUACCUACGGUAACAUAGGGUGAGACGAGUACCAUCAUGCAGUAGUUCUCCUUCAUUGUUAUGCAACCGCAUUUAUUUGAGAGUAUAUAGUAUUGGAUGUCCAGCACCAUUUCUUCUGUUUUCCUUUUAUGUAUUACUUUAAAUCUUGUGCGCCGAAUGUGGGUUGCGUGUGCGCGCUUUCCGCAUGGGUAACAAUCCUGAUUUAUGCUGGAGCCACGUUCAUUUCAGAAGAUCUGUUUGCCUCGAUGCUACACAGAGUGGCACAAUUUGCACAUGAUUUCGAAUGAUCGAUUCCUGAAAAUCAUCACAUGACCCUUUAUGUUUUUGGUUACUAAAUCUCACUUAGAGUCCAUCAUGUAAUGUUAUUUUUAUUGAUAUUUUCAAAUAUUUUUUUUACUGAGAAAAAAAGGGAAUUCGAUACAGUUUAGGUAACCACUUAAAGUUGAAAAUUCCUCUUUCAGCCUAACCGUUCACGUAGAAUGUUGUCGUUUUCUUUUCUGGCUUGUUUUAUCCAGCAAAACACUACAUUUUUGGUCACUUUGAGUCAUGCUAAGCAGAAACAGAUUAAAAGACUAAAGCCAUGUGAUGGCCGGGGUCGGACUGGGCCUCCUAGGAGCCACCAGAGAACUUGAGAUUCAGAGCCCACUCUCAGAGCUUAAAUGUAAGAGAGGCUAUACAGGCCUAUAAUGGAAAGAAGAAUGGGCUGAUGGAAUCUGUUCUUGGUUGAGGUCCAUUGGGCGAACCCUUAGUUCUUUGGAAGCCCAAUCCGUCCCAGGUGGUGGCCUAAUUGUUUGUUCACCAUACGGGUGAUUCAACUUUCUCACACAAGGGAUUAAAGCUGAUAUUCUCUUCUCUUAUUUUUCCAACUGAGCGUUGGGUGGUCUGAAACUUUUUCUAUUGCACUUUGUCGUUAUCUCAAAAAUGCAAUGUACUUUAAAGAGGGAGUUGACUAUUAAUGAAAGCAAAGGUAGUUGAGUGACAUGGGAGACUAGUCAAAAACACUAGAUUAAAGGGAAGCCUCGCCCUCCACAUGUCUAACAUGGUGCUAUUGUCUUGAGGAUCUGGGGCAAGAGUAAAGCAAUUCCAGGGCGGUGCAUUGUCCAACGUCUUCUGCUGGUGGCAAUGUAUCUAAAAGGGAGAGGAUCAAAAGUCAUUUCGGUUUUAUAUAUGUACAAAAGUAUAGUCUUUGACUUGUUUUAUUGUUUUACUGCGUAAAACUAUUUCUUCUUCUUCUGAAGGCAAAAGUGUUGUGUGGUGGUCACAAGUGGGUAACCGACGAAUUGGAACAGAGUUGAGAACGGAGAGUUGGGUCGAGUGAGCAAUUACUCCUUGCCAUGCUUUCAGGGUGCUUGAUCUUGUCAUAAGCUGUAGUGAACAACUAUCGACCCCAAGUAACAAGCAUUUUUUGGGAAGACCUGUGUAUCUCAUAAAAAUCCGAAACAUGGAGUUAUUCUUAAGGAGCCAUUGGCAGGAUACCGAAGGAAGGGUCAUACAUACACAUUUCUGUUGUUCCACAUGGUCAGGUGGAGCUGCAGCUUUUCUUCACUUGUUCAUCUGCCAGUGACCAACAUGGUGCAUUCUAAAAGGAAAGAGUGAAAAUAGAGUUCACCAGAGAAAGAGAAACUCUUUUUUUGGUAAAAACUCUCAUUUGAAUUGGGAAUUAUCCAAACUCGAUUCGAAUUUUAAUUUUGAGAUUUAUCCAACCUAUCCCCUGGGAAUAAUUCUAAUUCGAAUAUUGGCCACCUUAAACCUGCCGCGUUCAUGUAUAAGUCAAUGGGAGAGGUCCAGUGAUCAAUUUGAAGAUAUUGGCCUCCCUGACAUUCUCGGAGAAAAAAAACUCAAAUUAAAGUUUAGUCGAAUUUGAUUCGAUUCCAGUUUUCAUGCUGGUAAUAUUCAUUCGAGUUUUAGAUAUUCUAUGUUUUUUCUUAAAUAGCCUCCCAAUUGAAUUUUGAGUAUAAUUGAAUUUAUUAGAGUUAAAAACAACAUAAAUUAGAAAUUCAACCGUUGAUAAAUGGGCCUCCCAGAUUAAAAUGCCCCUAAAAAAUUCCAUACAGAGAUGUGAUAUUUCCCUUGGCAGUCUUUAAUGCCCUUUAAUAAAGAGAUGCCUUAAAGACUGAAAAAAUAUGGCGCCCCCAAGAGAAAAUUCACUGUAUUGCAGUCUGCAGUUGCCUUAGAGUGUUCUCUUUUUCUAGCUCUGCGUUUGUGUAAACCCGACAGUCGAAAGGAAUAGCAGAUUGUCCCGUAAAACAGAAUUGUUCACUAGUAACCGACCCACCACUGAAAGCAAAUAGACGGUACUGGUUAAUAGUUAAUUAGGUGUAGUUACAAAAAUGUACAUUUCUUUGUUCAUUGUAAAGUGAUAUAACUAUUUUAAGUAAGAUGUUU